CAAAUACAACCUGGUGAGCAGAGUCGCUGCCACUCAGCAAGAGAGGGGCCGAUGUCCCGCUGCCUGCAAGCAAUGGACAUGGGGAAGGUCAACUCCAUGGACUUCAGAGAAUUCGUGGAAGUGUUUGGGAAUGUCAUUGAGAGAUGUCCCCUGAUAGCAGCUGCUGUGUGGUCCCAGAGCCCAUUCUCUGACUGGGAAGAUUUAGCGAGGCACUUUUCUGCCUUUAUUGAUGCUCUGCCACAGUCAGGCCAGGAGGGCGUCCUUCGCUGCUACCCGGACCUGGCGGGCCACGAGCUGCAUCAGGGCACGCUGACUGCGGAGUCGCAGCGGGAGCACAGCGUCGCGGGCCUGAUGAGCUUGGGUGCCAACGAGGGGCUAAGGCUGGCUGAGCUCAACUCGCAGUACCGCGCGCGCUUCGGCUUCCCCUUCGUGCUCGCCGCGCGCCUCAGCGACCGGGAGACCGUGUUCCGCGAGCUGGAGCGCCGGCUGCACUGCCCGUCUGCGCUGGAGCUGCGCACAGCCUUGGGCGAGGUGAAGAAGAUUGGCCGCCUGCGGCUCGCCGACCUCUUCGGCGUGGACCCUGCUGCCCGACUGUAGCGGCUGCGCGCUCCCUGGCCCAGGAUGCGCGGAGACCGCGACCCUGCACGGUGCGCCCUGGGCGGGAGGCUGGUACAGCCCCAGACCGUGUCCACAAGCGCACACAAAGGAGGGGAGGACUGAGGCAAUCAUACGAAUAAUGAGCCCUUUUGUUCACCUCCCCACAUCCGUACGCGUUGCCAAAAUAUCUCUGUAGUUUCGUGCUUUGCCCCAUUUAUCCAGCUCACUGCUUCACUUCUUCACUCCCUUUGCGGGUCGUUGACACCACCAGCUUUUGUGGUUUCCAAAGCGCUUAUCCAGCUCUGGCUGCCUACCCUUUCCUGCUAAGCUGGAGCUGCCAAGCAAAACGAACGGAGAAUUAAUCUUUUAUUCCAUUGG